AUGCGCCCUUGCGGCUUGGACGCUUUACUGGUGAACCUGUCCCUGGGCCACCAGCUGCUGGCGGCAUCUGACAGACCCUUCAAGCUGCUGAGCACUCUGAUCUGGGGGCUGUUUUCUGGGCCUAGCGACCAGGCUGUGGGCUUCCUGGACACCUUCCUGGAGUCCAACUCCAUAUCAAGCACAGAGGUGCUGAGUGCAGAACAGUGGCUGGCGCUCCACACUGCCGGCUUUGUGCUGUUGCUCCCGGUGCUCGGCCUCCCCAGGUGCAGGAUGCUGCUGGUGGCACAGGGCCGCUGCCAGCACCUCGACAUCGUCCCCAUGCAGGAACUGCAGGUCAAUGGGGACAGGCGGUAUCUCCAGAGAGGGAGGGGUAGGAAGGGACUAAGUUUGGGGGAGCAGCACCUUGGGUCUGUGUCCAUCUGCAUCCCCAUCCCCACCCCCGACUGCGGACUUCUGGAGGUGCCCGCCAGGCAAGACUUUCCGCACGCUGACCUGGCUGUGCUGUCCCCAAGCUCCGCCCCCGACGCCCGUCACUGGAGACACGUGCCUAAGGCUCAGAGAGCGUGCACAGAGCUGCGCCCAGGUAUGUAUGUGGGCGUGGUUACUGCUGCUAAAAUACCUGCUCAUCCACCAGACAGCCUAGUGGAGCGCGUGCCCUUUGUCACCGUUACCUGGGGGGUCCUGAGCGAGUACCCGAGCUCCAGCAGGGCCACGGCCAACCUCUGCAUGGACCCCCAGCUCCACCAGCGGUUCCUGUGGGUCCUGGCUGGCAUCCCAACUGGCUGCUGA